AUGGGCGGCUGCAGAGUGCGCCAACCCAAUACACACACUGAGACAGUAGCAGCAGCAGCAGCUGCAGCAGCAGUUGCAGCAGCAGCUGCAGCAAGAGCAGCAGCAACUGCUGCAACAGCAACGAAAGCGGCUGUAGCAGCAGCAGCUGCUGCAGCAGGAGCUGCUGCAGCAGCAGAAACAGCUGCAGCGGGAGCCUUUGAGCGCGGUGGUAAACGGAAGCAGCGGGGAGGUCGUUGGGGCCUCCGCAUGCAGCAGCAGCAGCAGCAGCAGCUGCAGCAGCAGCAGCAAUAA